AUGGCAGAGGAUGACUGUGGAGACGAGCCGCCGCCACUGCCUGCGGAGCCACCACCGGCAGGCAACGUCUCCGCCAAUGGGGGGCACACGCCGGAAAGCAUUGCCAGGCUGCCGGCGAAGUUGAGACAGCGCUUGCUCCAGCGGGGCAUCCUCAAAGCCGCCGACCUCGACCAAGAAGCGCCAGCCGUCGCCGUCCCGGCCGUCCCGGCGAGUGUGCCGGCGGCGGUGGUGAAGGCGAAAGCCGCGAAAGCCAGAGAAGAUCUGCCACCGAUGCCCUCGUUUAACCCGAUGGAUUUGGCCGCGGCGCAAUCCGCAGCAGCUGCAGCUGCAGCUCGCAUCGAUGCGAACUGGGCCACGGCCAUGGCACCGCCCGCAGCUGCCGCAACUCAGCGACCUCAACAGGUGGUCUAUGCCUCGGCUCCGGUCCUACGGACGGAGAAACGGACGCUGCCUUCCGCCUCGGAGCCAGAGGCGAAGCGGCAGAUGCAGGUGGCAGGGGGAUCCUCCGUGGCGGGCGGGCCGGGCGGGUUGCCGCCCUCGCCGGAGCCCUCAGCACCCUCAGCACCCUCAGCGCCCUCAGCGCCCUCGCCUACGGCGGCUCCUCCUCCUCCUCCGGGGCCUCCGCUGCCCCCGGGCUGGGUUCGAGUCCCACAUGAGGGCGAGUUCUACUUCUGGAACAUGAACACCGACGAAGUGUCCUGGGAGGACCCGUCGCUCGUCGAGAAGAAGAAAGGUCUGGGGAAGAAGGAGAGGGAGCCCAAAUUUACAGAAGAGCAUAGGGUGCUCUGGACAGACCUGGGGAAAAUCAUCGGGCGACAGGGGAUGAACCUGAAGAUCAUCAAGGCAUCCAUCGGCUGCGAGAUCCAGGUGCCGAGGCAAGCGAAGGACGGCAAGGGCAAAGAUGCUAAAGAUGGGAAAGGUAAGGGCAAGAAAGGGAAGAUGCGUGAUGCCGACGGCAACAAGGUUGGUCGCGGCAUAGGUGACGGAAGCACCAAGUUGAAGGACGACCAGUUCUGCACCCUUACCGUGACGGCGGACACGGCGAUGAAGGCAAACGGAGGCAAGCGUUGCAUCGAGAUCAUGUUGGGCUACGGCCGGAACGUGGAGCGUGCCCUGGCGGACCUGGGCGUCGAGGCGAAGCUGCCGAGCCUCGAGGAGAUGACGGGCGGCGCAGUGAAGGCCAAGAAGAAGGACGUCGAUCCCAUGGACCCUGCUUCCUACAGCGAUGCGCCUCUUGGUGCCUGGUCCGCUGGCCUCAAGAAGCCCGGCCAGAGCGGGAGCUGCGGCGGACAAAAGGGAGCUCCCCGAGACGCGAAGACGGCGAACGCAGAGAGGUUCUGA